UUUGCUUCUGUCCGUACAGAUCGGUUGUGAUCGGAGCCAGAGCCUCGUGGACAUCUGUCGAGAGCGCCACUUCCCGGCCUUCGUCUGCGACGCGCUGGCCGUGCCCAUCCGCAGCGGCGCCUGCGACGCCUGCAUCUCCGUUGCUGUUAUUCACCAUUUUGCAACCGCGGAGCGCAGAGCGGCCGCCCUCCAAGAGCUCGCUCGACUCCUGAGGCCCGGCGGGAAGGCACUCGUUUACGUCUGGGCGAUGGAACAAGAGUAUAACGAGAAGAAAUCCAAGUAUCUGAGAGAAAACAGAACGAGCCCGCGGAGGGAGGAGGGGGUCAGCAGCCGUUCGUCGGGCGCAGCGGUGCUUGUGGAGCAGGUGCCUGACGCCGGCCCACCGGAGCCAGCGCGUCAGGGGUCCCCCCUCGGUGACUUCCAGGAGGGAGGGCGAAAUUCAAGGAAGGCUACUAGUGCCAAGCUCCCCGUUCACACUAACAGGACUUCUUUUCACUCUCAAGACUUGCUGGUUCCCUGGCACCUUAAGGGCCACCCUGGGAACCACAAACCUGCCGAGCCGCUGGGCCGGGGAGGGCCGCAGGGCCCCAGUCCUGUGUUUCAUCGCUUCUACCACGUGUUCCGUGAGGGGGAGCUGGAAGCCGCCUGCCGGACUCUGAGUGACAUCCGCGUCCUGCGAAGCUACUACGACCAGGGGAACUGGUGUGUGGUUCUGGAGAAGGUCUGACUGUCGCUGUGCAGGCACGCGCUGGGGAGAGAGGCUCUGCUGCACUUUUUAAAGGAGACUGAAUUUACUGCUUUUUUUUUUUUAAAGAGACAUGUGGAAAAGAACCAAAGGAGAAUGCCUGAGAGAAAUUGAGAGUGGAGAUUAGUUAGGACCCCUUCAGGCGACUACUGUCACUGACCUCAUUUUGUCCAUAAACGUGGGAGCGGUUCUCCUAAAUACGGAUGCACAGGGAUGGUUUUUAAAGUGACGUAGUAAAUCAUGUAGAAUCUUAGUGAAGCAGUCAUACAACAUUUUAAUAAAGAAGUACUCCUGGUCAGUAGGGAA